ACUGGGCUAAAAUGGACCUGGAGCGUAGUGGGAAUUAAAGUUGAAAGAAGGCCAGGCCUGUUGGCUGUUGGGGAGUUAAAACAGCCCCUACAGCACUUCGCUCGUAGGUUCAAGGCCUGCAGACGCUUCUGUUUGGUAUCAACUCAUCACCACACCGCUUGGGGGAAAAAAAAGAGAAAGAAAAACACACCAUUCACUCACUGGGUUUUUUUUUUUUUUUCAUUUUUUAUUAUGCUAAAGAAGGAAGAAGACCUCAGCAGCCUAGCCAAGCAAAUCCAAGCCGAGCCGAAACCAACGACGCUAAAAAAGGAAGGAGAGUUCUUAUUUGGUAGCUAAGUUGGCAGAGCCGAAAAAAUCCCAAUCAGAAAUCAACAAUCCCAGCCCAGGCAGAGCAGGUAAGGUGUAACCGUCGAGUUGUGUAAGUUCCCUGCCAUUAACGAUACUUUCUAUGUUAAUGCCACUCGGAUGCUGUUGCUGCUCUCCCUAUUUAUUGCUAUUGCAAUUCUUUGGCAUUCGCAUUCUCUCUCAAAGCCCUAACUGCAUUUCUCUCUUCUCCCGUCUCCCCCCUUCCUUCGCCGCUCCAGAAUCUGUAUAAGCAAGAUGGAAGAUACCGAAAUGUUGGAACAGCAGCUGCCUGAGGCUUCCCAAGUUAACCUUGUUGAUACUGCUGUCCAAGAGCAACAGUCCUCACCCCCCACUAAGGAUCAAAAUGCCAAUGAAACAAUUGCUGAUACAACUUCAACCUUGCCCACUGAUGUUAACAUGACUGAUAAUCCUCCUAUGCCCGAUAAACCUGAUAACAUAUCUUCCAAUGAUGCUAAUACCGAUCCUUCUGAUGCUCCUCCUGCUGAACCACUGGAGCAGAAAGUCAAUGGAGAUGCUACUCCCCUUCGCUCUCUUGCCCCUGAAUCUGGACCUGAGAAGGUGGAGAAAUCAAAGAGUUGGUUGCUUGAUCCUGAGAUGGGGGAGGCUGAUGAAGCUGGAACACCAGAGGAGCGAGCAGCAUUCAUGAAGGAGCUGGAAAGUUUCUAUAAGGAUAGGUCAUUGGAAUUCAAGCCCCCUAAAUUUUAUGGAGAACCGCUAAACUGCCUUAAGUUGUGGAGAGCAGUUAUUAAAUUGGGUGGCUACGAAGUGGUUACUGCAUCAAAGUUAUGGCGGCAAGUGGGAGAGUCUUUCCACCCCCCAAAGACCUGCACAACUGUCUCUUGGACAUUCCGCAUAUUUUACGAGAAGGCACUGUUAGAAUAUGAAAAGUAUAAGAGAGAGAAUGGUGAGAUUCAACUUCCUGCUUCUUCACUCCCUCAUGCAAGUGGUGAAAAGGAGUCAAGUGGUUUCCUAGCCUUGGGGUCAGGUAGGGCACGCAGGGAUGCUGCUGCUCGUGCCAUGCAGGGUUGGCAUGCUCAACGUUCUGUUGGAUAUGGUGAGAUUACCGAGCCCAUUGUGAAGGAGAAAAUCAUGGGUUCUGCUCCAAAACGUGAAAGACAUCUCAAAAGUAUUGGUUUGCAGAAGCAGAAGAUGCCAAUAAGCACAGAGCUUGAUAAAUCUGCACAUGAUAAGCAACUGAUUACUGAAAUUGUUGAUGUUGGAACCCCUGCUGAUUGGGUGAAGAUCAAUGUCCGUGAAACUCAGGAUUGCUUUGAGGUAUAUGCUCUGGUCCCUGGGCUUCUGCGUGAGGAGGUACGAGUUCAAUCAGAUCCUGCUGGACGUGUGGUUAUCACUGGCCAACCAGAGCAAGUUGACAAUCCUUGGGGUAUCACGCCCUUUAAGAAGGUAGUGAACUUACCAUCGAGAAUUGAUCCGCUUCUGACAACUGCUGUUGUGAGCUUGCAUGGUCGACUCUUUGUUCGUGUCCCUUUUGAGCAGGGAUCAGCAGCUUGAACCUCAUCGUGUUGUUUAGUUUAGAUUGGUUGGCCACAGUCAUUGUAGGAUUAAUGUAAUUAGGAGUAAACUAUGGUAUUGUUGGAUUAGUUGUAAUUUUCCUUGUGCUUGAUUUUAUUCAUCAACGCUGAACUAGUUGAAAAGCCCUUUGUGAAGGGAAAAAAGGGAAGUUAAAAAUCUCCUCAAAAUCAAAUGAUAAAAGGAGAGCGGAGAUUUGGUAAAUUAAUGCAAGUUAAAGACUUGUGCAAACAA